GUGUGGGAUAUCGGGCAGGGCGCAUGCGUGUCGAUAUUCGGCGGACACGUGCCGAGCGCGUUGAGCUGCUCGUGGAGCCCGCGGCCGCAGCUGCACUCCCUCGUGCUUUCCGGCGGUGCGGACUGCGCGCUGCGGCUGUGGCGCGCCGGUGACCACCCCGCCGCCGCGCACACCGAUACUGUACAACAUUUUGUGACUAAAAGAGACAAAAAGAAGAACCAGAAAGAAGAGAAAAAAGCUGAAGAAGAUAAAAAUUACGUAGGGGGCCAAGCUCACGUUGUCAGCGCAGAUAAAAUAAAUAUCUCGAAAAAAUACCUGCUGCCUAUUAUUUACAAACAGAUCGCCAACUGUCAUUUACAAGGUGCAAGGCAAAUGUUACAAAAUUAUAUAGAAAAGAACACAGAAAGUUGUAAUGGUAAAAAAGAAGCAGGGAACAAUGGCGAAGGUGAUUUCAAUGAAUUGACAGAAAAUAAAAAUUCUUCUGUGAAUAAUAAAGAUGCAUUCACACCUGACAAAGAUGCAGAGACACCUGACAAAGAUGCAGAGACACCUGAUAAAGAUGCAUCCACACCUGACAAAGAUGCAGAGACACCUGACAAAGAUGCAGAGACACCGGAAAAAGAUGCAGAGACACCUGACAAAGAUGCAUCGACACCUGACAAAGAUGCAUAG